AUGGAUAAGCCGGAAAUGCUUCAGCCGAACGAGUACGAUAAAAAUCCCAUACCUACCAACAAACCCGGGGUUGAACCAAAGCGUCCUCCUCGGCCAGUAAAUAUAACUCCAAAUGUGAAGCUCUCUCCAUUGGUUGCGAAUCACAUUGCGGUGUCCUGGUGCACGGAAUAUAACAGAGGCUAUGCUGCGGCCUGUUAUCUGGUUCGUAAACUAAGUUCCUCUCAGCUGCUGCAACGCAUGAAAACUAAAGGAGUCAAACCGGCCGAUUACACACGGGCACUGAUCAAAGAAAAAUUGAAUGAAGAUGCGGAUUGUGAGAUUGCAACUACAAUGUUGAAAGUCUCCUUGGUUUGCCCUCUAGGAAAGAUGCGAAUGGCGACCCCAUGCAGAUCAUCGACAUGCUCGCAUUUGCAGUGCUUUGAUGCUUCACUGUAUCUGCAGAUGAACGAGCGUAAACCAACUUGGAACUGUCCCGUCUGCGAUAAGGCGGCUAUCUACGACAAUCUUGUUAUCGAUGGCUAUUUCCAAGAAGUACUUGCAUCUAACAAAUUGUCUAGUGAAGAUAAUGAAAUUCAGCUUCACAAGGAUGGAUCGUGGAGUACUCACGUUAAAACCAACGAUUCGUGUACUUUGGAUACACCCAGCAAGCCAGUUCAAAAAGUCGAAGUUGUUUCGGAUGAUAUUGAAAUAAUUACAACGGAUCCCCCAAAAUCCAGCAUCAACCAAGCCAGCGUAAUUUCCAGUAGUGAACCUUCUUCGACUACAGCUCCUUCAAAUGAUACGGUGGAUUUGACGCUCAGCGAUUCCGAUGAUGAUCUCCCUUUGAAGCGCAAAACAGUAACCCGUGCUGCUGCUGGCGGCCAGAGUGGCACUAAUGUAACUACCUCGAGUGCAACCACUGCCGCAAGUACGACGAGUUCUGCAAUGACUGCUGCUACAGCUACUGCUUCGGCGGUAUCUAAACCAAAAAUGAAUGAAGAUGCAUCGCAAUCUGUAAUAUCUCUAGAUUCUCCAUCCCCACCAUCGACACCAAACCCACCAGCAUACAAUAGCGGGGUUUCAGCUAUGUCAAAUAAUGUUUCAUCUACAACUGCUAGUACGCCAACCAUUCCAUACCAGUUGCCGAUAAGUCCACUAGAACAAGCUAGCAAUUUACCACUCAAUCCACUUGCACUAAACAGAUAUGAACCAGCACCGGAAGAUGUGCAGUCUUACAUUUACAAUCGGCUAAUUAACGACGCGCAAGAAUUGUCCUACCUAACGAGUCAAUGGAGUGUGCAAGGUUAUAUGCACGGCGCAACGAACGGUGAGGAUAUGCACAAUUUGCAGCGUUGAAAUAGCUCAUGCGAGUGGACAAACUUUUGCUGAAUCGACAGUUCUACAAAUUUUUAUGAAUAAGCAUAUGCUAGGAAAAGAUCAUAACAAUAGUUUUACACAGUAUAUCAGGCGCAUAAGCAUAAGGUGAAACAAUAGAUUGUUCCAAUCGAUGAAAUGGAAAGCAAAAAUGUUCAUUUUGUACAUGACACUGUCAUGUACACAUUAAAUUAUUAAACUCGGGAUUUGGAGUGUUUACACCGAUGAAAAUAUUUAAACGAGUUUUCUGAAUGAUUAUAUACAAAUCAACUGUAAUAAAGACAAAAAAAAUGGAAAACGCA